UCCUCCUCACCUACCCCCAGCCAUGGCGUGAAGCCCUUUGCUCCUGCUGGCCAUUUUCUCCUCCAUCUCGUGAAGCCCUUUGCUCCUGCUGGCCAUUUUCUCCUCCAUCUCUAGCCGUCAAGCUACCCCACGCCUCCUCGCCUCUCGGUCGCGAACACAGCCACCCGAGCAGGGAGGAGUGCGCAGCUGGGCGCGCUCAUCGCCAUGGGUUGCUCGCAGCCGGGUGCGCCCCUCUCCAUGGCCGGCGAAGCCGGAUGCGUUAGCCGCCAUGGCCGAGCUGCAAUUGACCACGUCAAUGACGAGUUUUUGCUACAACCUUGUUUUGAUUUUGUUGGAACCGGCUCAUGUUUUUGCUUCCAACCACCCCCGCCCAAAAUCUCCUCCCACGGUGUUUUUUGCUGGAACUGGUGAACGAUUUUGCUACAACCGUUUUGAUUUUUUGUUACUGCCUAUGUUUGUCGAAUUUUUGCUACAUCCCAUCUCCAUGACAUGCAAGACCCAGGACUGUGUUUCUUGAUGCAACCUUUUGUCAGUUUUUUGUUACCACGGGUGUUGACGAUUGCUACAUUCAUUCUCAUGAGAUGCUACAUCCCUAUCUUUUCCGAUCGAUUAUUUUUUGCUACAACCAUGUUUGAUUUUGUUGGAACCGAAGUCAAAUUUUGCUACUUCCGUCCACGGCGGCAAUGGAUUUUUGUUGCUGCAACCGUAUCGGAGUUUUGCCACUAUCAGAGAUGUCAUUUGCUACUAACAGAGUUUGCUAACAUGGUGGUAGACAGCGGACACAAUGGUACUGCGACCUUGACGGCGAUGUGGAACCUGCGGGAAAUAUGCUGGAACCAGGUGGCCUGAAUACUUCGACCAUUGCAAAAUGAGCUUCAACCAGCGACUUUAAAUGCUACAAGCGGCAAAUUUGGUUGCUGGAACCAUAUAUAGUGAUUUUUUGCGAGUUACUUCGUCGUCUCCAUGGGUCCAUCGACUGCGGAUAUAAGCUGUAAGCAGGGGACGGCGUCGGAGCUGCAGGCAGGGGACAACAGCGGAGCUAAGCUGCAAGCAGGGGAUGACGACGGAGCUGCAAACAUCGACGCGGUGGGAGGUGCAUCUGGUGGCGCGCAUGAGGAUUUUUCAUGCUGGAACCGGCGAGGAUUCGUGCCUCCAUGGAUCAAUUUUUUUCGAGCGGGAGGAGGAGAUUGUGUGAGGGCGGCGAGCGGCGGCAAACGUCAGCGAGCCCGGCGUGCGGCGGUGCUUCGGACUCGGUCGCCUCGCGGGGGAUUAUGGCGGGGGUCGAUAGCGCCGCAGCCUCCUGUCGCUGAUGUGCGGCGCUCGCUCAAGAAGAAGGACAAAGCGCGGAAGGCAUAUCCGAUGGCUAGCAAUCAUUGCAUCGCUAAGAAUCCUACGGUCCUAGGUGGACCGGCCGAAUCGUUCCGCCGGUGCGCCGACGCAGAGUAGCGCCCUUUUUCGGAUUUGCUAUUUUAUAGUCGACUGUUUUUCAAUUCGUUGUAAUUCAAAUCUCUGUCUGUCCGAUCUUUGCUCUGAGAUUCACGCUCGGUCGGCUGUUUUUUGUGUUGGUUUUUGUUAUCGGGCGCGGUUUUCUUCUUCCGCCCGUUUUCAUCGGCCCGCCCCGUCCUGGCUGGGCACGUUUUUGUCUUUUUUGAAUUUGGGAGCGGGGUAUCUGGUCGUUCCUCUUUCUCAUCCCUUCGCAUUUGGACAAGGCAGAGAGAGAGAGCUCGAGCGGCGGAAGAGGCGGAGGUGAUUGCUUGCGUUCAUGGCGAUUUCGAGCUCAUCCACCACAGGAUACUGAUUUCUCCCUCUUCUCCUCGUUCGUGGGCUACUCUGGUGCUGAUGACCCACAAGUAUAGGGGAUCUAUCGUAGUCCUUUCGAUAAGUAAGAGUGUCGAACCCAACGAGGAGCAGAAGGAAAUGAUAAGCGGUUUUGAGCAAGCUAGUAUCUCAAUGGGCAGACUACAGAAAGUCUCAGCCAAGGAUGUUCCGCAAGCUUCUUCAGUUGAGAGUCCUGAUUCAUCAAAAGAUCCUUUCGUGCCUAAUGAUUUCGCUGAUGAGAAUGUUAUGUCUUUGAAUUUCUCUGCUGAUGAUGAAGACUUUCAUAAAGCACUUUACAAUUUCUAUGUGAAUAAUAUGAAGCAAUUUCUUUGUGUUUUGUUCAUGCAAGAGGUGAAGAGGUGUUUGCCCUUUGCGUGGGUUCCAAGUAUGUGGGCAUGUGAUGUGUGGUUCUGGAGAUCAGGCGGGUGUUGGCCCCUGAUCUUUUGA